UUGCAGACUAUUGAGUUUCUAUCCGGAACCGGAACAUUUCAUAAUCCAAGGUGGAUACUUACACGAUCCGGUAAACUGCUGUCUACUAUAUCAAGGAAUCAACAGAAGGCUGUGGAGCAUUCCUUAGGCAGUGUCAAAUUCUUUGCCUACUCAACGCAUGAUGCCACGAUAUCUGCAUUGCUAGACUCUCUGGGACUACUGAAGGAAGGACUUGAUCCACAAGGACGACCGGACUUUACAGCAACCAUUGCUUUCGAGCUAUGGAAGAGUGACUGGGGCCAUUACGUCAAGAUCUACUAUCGUCAAGGGAGUAGCAAUGAUGAGUUCAAAGAAUUGAUAAGUUACACUGUGAGCUGUGGAGAAGUGAAAGGGUGUCCGCCGGACGUGAUGGGCAAAGCUCUGGAUGAAUACGGAACUGAUUCGCCAGAAAAUCUCUGUGAGGCAGAAGGGAACACUCUUAUGAGAGGAUUGAAUUGA